GCGCGGAAGGCUGCGACGUCACAGAGGCAGUGCCCAAAGCAGUGAACGACCUGCUCACCGCCCCUGAAAUGGACGACAUCUCUGGACAUUUGCGUUCUUUGCCGUUCAUCUCGGAUCCAAAGCUGAUCAAGGAAGAGGGCCGAUUUCCGUUGCUUCAUACCAACCAGGAGUCUUUGGGCGAACUGCUGCUGGGCUUCUUUGAGCUCUGGGGCAAAGAGGAGUUCCGCGGUGGUGACGAUGGGAAUGGUCAGACGGUCUACGUCUACGACGCCUCGCAGGAAGUCAAUGACCUGGGAGUGUUGGUGAUGAGGUGUCCCCUGACGGGAAAGAACGUGAACCCAUUCACCACUAUGGUCUGGAGGGCCAUCCACUCUGAGUUUGCUCGCGCAGCCACUCUAUUGGAACGAGGAUGUACCUUGGAAGAGCUCUGUGAGCCUGCUGAGGGCCUGCCUGCGGGAUGCGGCGGCGCACACCGCGGGGGAGGCCUCG